GAGUGGAUAAGAGAGGCGGAUAGAUUGAGAGAGUUACUUGUUUUUGAUGGAGACUCAUUCAUCGAGUGAAUCUUCUUAAAGACAGUUGAUUACGAUAUUAUUCAUCUGAAAGCUCAUCAAUGAACGUAAGCUGAUUUCUGGUUACAUUUCUCUUCUUUUCCCUCUUUUUUCCUCUCUUUCUCUUAUCUUUACUUUUACUUUCUCUAAUUAUCAAAAAAUGAUUUAUCAAGAUUUUAUCAACGUUUUACUAGUCUUUAUUAUUCAAAUUGUGUUCACAUUACAAUUUAAUGGAUACUCUAACCGUAAUGAGCCUGCUACAGCUGCAAUGUUAUCUUCAGCAUUUGAACAAGCAGGAUUAACAUUUCAAGAUUUAAAUCCAACAAUUUCAGAAAAUUUGGAAACAUCUUACAUUUCAAAUAAUCAUUCACCUAAUCUACAUCAUCUUCUUCACCAAUCAUCGCAAUCAUCGUUGACAAAAUCUCCGCCUAAAUCAUCCUUGUUUUGGAGACUUCGCUAUCCAUUUCGAAGUUUAAAAGAAACAAAUCGAGCUCUAUUUGGUCGAUCGCAAUCACACUCAACACCACCUCUGCAACCUAAUACAAAUGUAGGUUACCAUAACAUAUUAACGAUCCCAAAACCAGUUAAAUACGACAAUGAUGAUGAACCUGGAUAUAACGGCAUCUUGGGCCAUUAUCGUAGACCUAGACUAAGUUUUCCUGCAGUUUACGGUAUUCAAUCAGCAGAUCAUGAUGUAAAAAGUUCCAACAGUAAAAAGCUACCACAAUUAUCACAACAAUCAUCAAUCCAUAGACCUCAAACUCAUCAACCUCCUCUACUUUCAUCAGCCUCAUCACCACCAACAUCAGUUUACCAUUCAAACAGCUAUAAUACUAAAAGCCAUCAACAACAACAAUCAAACCAAAUUGAAAGCAUAUUGAUAAAGCCUCUUUCAACUACAGACUCAUCAAAAUCUCAAAUUACCCAGGAAUUUGUGCGGAAAGAAAAAUCACCUGCUGUAUCCAUUGAAAACGAGUAUGGUUUAAACAAAUUUGACGGCCAAUUGUUCACAGAAAAAUACAAUGACGAUAAACAUGACAAGUUUAAAUCUAUUCGCUAUGAUUACAGUGGCUUUAAACCUAUGGGACCAGCAUCGUCAAGCCAAUUGCUUUCAAGCACUCAUCCUAAUUCAAUCAACUCUUAUGAAAUGGCUCCUUCCAAUGGAACUGGAGAUUACGGUAAAGGAUCCAAUUCUCGUGAUCCUAAAUAUUAUUCACUAUUGGACAAGAAUACUAAUGGAAUUGAUGGGGAUAUUGAUGAUUUGGAUGAUGAGAUGUCUGAAAAUAGUAUGGAAACCUUUUCAUCUCGACUAUCUCUCUUUCAUCCAGAAAAGGUUGAACCAGACAACAAGAUAAUCCUUCCAAUCAAUCCAACUGACUUACUGCGCCUUGUAUCUGAAGAAACACGGACAAAGGGUAAACCCAUUGAAUGUGCCAAUAAAGAUUUAGGAUGGUGUGAUCUUGGUGAUCAAUAUCCAACUGAAUUUGUGGAAAGUAUCAUUCGCCGAUGUCAACGGUCCGUUGAUCGAAUGUACGUUGAAGUUCCUGCCAACCUUCAAGACUAUACAGACUAUAAACCAUUUAAACCGGUAACAUCGUCCAACAAAACUGGAGAAGCAGUUAAUGAAGAUUCCGUAUCAACGACAAUUCAACCUGAUAGCUCAAAGGAAUGGUCAAUUGAUUCAGAUCAUUGGACAAAAAGUGCACCAAGCCAUUCAAAUAUCCUCUGUGAUUCAGAAAAAAAGUUUAUUCGACCGAUAAUUGCUCAAGAUAUAAAUGGAAGUUGGUAUUUAAUUGCUCAAACUAAUCUGUACCAUCAGCAGGUUCCUGUUCAAAUUUGCAGUGCUCCUGGAUUAUCUUGCAAUGGUAAAUGUUCAUCGUCAUCAUCUUCAACCUCCAAAUCACGUUGUGUUCAAAAGUUUUUCACUCAACUAUUGAUCAGUAUUGACAUUGAUAAAGAAAAGGAAUGUCCAAUGAUGAAGCUUUAUCGAUUCCCGUCAAAUUGCAUUUGUCAACCAACAUCAAACAGCAAUUGAACGUUUUACUCUCAGGAUAAUCAACCAUUUUCUUGAUGAACAUUAAUGAUAGUUAUUUCAUUAAUGGGCCAACUCUGUCUAUAUUCAUCUCUCACU